UUCCUCUUUUUUUUUUUUAAAAAAAAAGAAAGCUAUGGAAGUUGCUUCUGUCUCCAUUUAUUGCAUUUGAACUGCACACCACUGAGGGGAAAGACUCCGCCUUUCACUCUCUCAUUAAUCUCUGCAAAAUAUUUCCAAACUUUUCUCUCUCUCAUUGAAACCUAGCCUCUCUGGAAAUUUGCUUGCUUUUGAAGAAGGGAACAGAAGUGUCCAGGGAGUUUUAGCUCAUAUAUAUCACCACUCACCCAUUGGUUUCAUAUGGAGCCUUCUAUUUUUCUCCACUUAUAGAUGCUGAAGAGGGAUCGAUCUUUUGGUAUUGAGAAAAUGGGAAUUGAGAAAGAAGUUUCCAAAAGUGGAGGGGGAUACGUAGGUGGUUUCUUUCAGCUGUUUGAUUGGACUGCAAAAUCUAGGAAAAAGUUGUUCUCAAGCAAGUCAGAUUUACAAGAGCUUUCAAAACAAGGAAAGAGAAGUGGUGGGAGCUUGCGAAUGACUCGGCUUCGUCUGAUGGAUGAUGAUGAUACUGGAGCAGGAUCGAGUAUUAGAGGAGGUAGUGAUUAUAGUUGUGCUUCGUCAGUAACAGAUGAUGAAGGAUAUGGGGCUCGGGCCCCUGGGGUGGUAGCCAGGCUUAUGGGAUUAGACUCCAUGCCAACAUCUAAUUUCUUGGAGCCCAAUUCUACCCCUUUUUUUGACACCCAAUCUCUUAGAGAUGCCUCUCUUGGCAAGAGAAAUUUCGAUUACUAUCAUGACCAUCAAAUCACUUACUCGGGAAAUCUGCUUAACAAGGAGGAUGGCCCUCCUAGAAAUUUGGCGUCCAAGCCUCAGAAGGUCCUGAGCAGGCCUAUUGAAAAGUUUCAAACGGAAAUCUUGCCUCCUAAAUCGGCUAAAUCAAUUCCCAUUACCCACCAUAAAAUUUUAUCUCCAAUAAAGAGUCCUGGCUUCAUUCCGAGCAAAACUGCUGCUCACAUAAUGGAAGCAGCUGCAAAAAUUAUUGAACCUAGUCCCUUAGCAGUAGCCAAAGCCAAAAUGCCUGCUCUUGGUUCUUCUUCAUUACCACUGAAAGUUCGGGAUCUUAAGGAAAAACUGGAGGUUGCUCAGAAAAUGCCUCUGGUAGGGUCCUCUUCAGCAGCCAUAAGAACUCGAGAAGCGAAAGAGAAAGUAGAAGCUUCUCAUAAAACCUCGAGACUUGCAGAAACUUCUCGAAGACCAGUUGAGUCGAGUGCUGCCAAGCAUCUAAAGGGGCAGUCUUUGAACAAAAGCUGGAAUGGAUCAGAUGAUACAUCUUACAGGGCUUUUUCUGAGACUGAUGAAGACUCUUCUAGCUCAAAGACUAAGGUAAAGUCUAUCUCACUUGCAAUCCAAGCAAAGUUCAAUGUUCAGAGAAGAGAAGGUUUGAAUGCAAGUAGUAGUCAAGGCUUUGUAGGCCAGAAAGAACAGGCCGAGGUUUCAUCAAGUCAGCCCUUCAAGAGCCACCCAAAUUUCCAAAAGAGUUCGCAAAAAAGAUCUCCUAUACUUAAAGCUUCUGGUGCUCUUAGGCAGAAUAAUCAGAAACAAAAUUGUAUGAUGGAUAAAGACAAAUUGCCUUCAAAGCCCUUGGUUUCCAACUUGCAGGGUAAAAUGAUACUGUCUGGGAAUCCUCCAGCAAGGCACAAAACUUUUGGUUCCAAAAAUGGAUCCAGGAAGUUGGCCUUAGAUUCGAGAGAAGUUGAGAAGGGGACUUCUAACUAUAGUACAAGGAGUAAUCCAAGGAAGAAGCGAUCGAUUGAUGGGAAUUUGCAUCUUGAGAAAAACCAGGUUGCUGAUAAAUUGCUGAUUGACAGAAAUCGGAAGGCUGUUGAAACUAAUCCAGUUAUUGAUAGGCACUUUAGUUGGGUAGAAGAAAGCAAAAGGAAAGGCAUGGAUGUUGUUUCAUUCACAUUCACAGCCCCCUUGACACGGUCUAUGCCUGGUUCUGAAACACCUACUCGGGUUGUACAAGAAAAAAGUGGUUCUUGUACGGAUAAUCGCAGCAAGAGAUUGUUGCUUGACACAGAUAGUAUGAAUCUAUCUUCAGGGGGAUAUAAUGUGAUAGGGGGGGAUGCUUUGAGUACUCUUUUGGAACAAAAAAUGAGGGAAUUGACCAAAACUGUCGAGUCUUCUAGUUGCCUAUCCACGUUUAGUUCAGGCGGCACUGCACCAAGGUUACAUGAUAACAAGGAUCAAAGUGUCUCAUGCAUAGAUAGAUCGGAUAGCUGCUAUGAUUGUCACUUUCUCUCCACAGAUCCUGCAGCUCUCAGAUUGAAUCGCAUUCUUCAGGGAGUUGAUGAGAUGGACUGUAGCAGCAAGUCAAAUGAUUCCAGAAAGCUCCUUGAUUGUAGACGUCCUAGUCCAGUCUCUGUUCUUGAACAUUCUUUUUCAACUGAAAGUAGCAGCUCUUUAGACAGCGCGGAUAGUUGCAUUACAGAAGGGAGCAGGCAUUGUUCAUCCAUUCAAGUCCAGGAAGUCCAUGGUUUGAGCUCUUCAAAGAAGUUCCAUUUUGUGGAUGUUGAUACGGAGUUAUCAGAUUCUGCUUCUUCAUCAUCAACAGGAACUGUGGAUAGAAAACAUGCAAAUAUGUUAGCAGUGACAGGUGUUGCGAGAUCAACCAAGUGGGAAAUAGAAUAUGUGAAGAAGAUUCUCUGUAAUAUUGAAUUGAUGUUUCAGGACUUCGCAUUAGGUCGGGCUUCCAAGAUCAUAAACCCUCACCUCUUCCAUCAGUUGGAAAGGAGAAAAGAUAAGUUUGAAAGUGAUGGUGUUGAUGCUAGGCUAGAGCGGAAAGUAUUAUUUGAUUGUGCAAGUGAAUGCUUGGACUUGAGAUGCAGACGUUAUGCUGGUGGUGGAUACAAGGCGUGGGUGAAAGGGACAACAAUGGUGAGAAGAAAGGAAUGGUUAGGGGAAGACGUGUGCAAGGAGAUCUUGGAAUGGAGCAGCAUGGGGGAUUGCAUGGUGGAUGAGCUUGUAGACAAGGACAUGAGCAGUCAGUAUGGAAGAUGGCUGGACUUUGAAAUAGAUGCAUUUGCAUUUGGAGUAGAGGUCGAAAGCCAGAUAUUUAAUUCAUUGGUUAAUGAGGUUGUUGCUGAUAUCUUGCUGUUUUGAUGCCUAUAGCCCAAGAAGGAGAUUCGCGGUGGCCAGAGAUUGGGGAAAACUGUAUGGUGGAUGGUGCUUGUAGAGAACAAGGGUUGUGUUUUGUGUAGAAUUGUUAGGUCUUAUAGGUUUUAACCAAUGCCUCAGCAUAAUAGCUUUCCAUCUCUAGUGUUUGCCAAUCCCAACGUAUGUUUUCCUCGGGGUGUUUAUAAGAUUCUUUAUUGUUCGCUUCA